GCCUGGUUAUCUAUCGUUAAGCCCAGACAGAGUCGGAUCGUUGUUCUUCUGCUUGCUGACAACAAUGGCUUCUCUACUCCGACGCCACACCUUCUCCGUUCUUCGUGCUCAUCAUUUUCAGACGGCAGAGAGUUUACUCUUGCAAUCUCGACGUGCACUGCAUGUUGAACCUGGAUUACGCGAGAAGGCUCUUUUGGCAGAAGACCCAGCACUAACUCGCUUCAAAUCAUAUAAGAAAAGCAGCUCGCGCAUCAGAAGUAUAGGAGACUACCUCACCAUUGCCGUCGUAGCAGGAUGUUGCUAUGAGAUCUAUGUGAGAGCCGUAACACGAGAAGAAGCUCGGAAAGCAGAUCAUCGUUAAGAAGCCUUUUGUUUAUCGGUAUAUGUUAACGCCUCCAUCCAGAUUUGGAGAUUUCUUCAAAAACUUCGUUUUGUUAUUUCCGAUGUUAAAUGUCUCCAACCAAGCAAUGAAAUAAAUGGAAAAAGAGAGAUGAACUUUCGUUAUGGUUUUUAAUAUUUUAGUAAUAUAAUUAACUUUGCAAUCUAGAAAACGAGAUGUUGGAUAUCAAUAUAACUUUUGCUCUAAGAGAAUUAGCUUGUUUGGAUUUGAA